GGUCCUCGUGCUAAUAUCCAAACAGUGACAAUACGUAGAGUAUCUCAAGUGUUUGAUAGACGGUUAUCCUCUCCUGGAUAGUUUUGAUCCUUACACAAUGGGACUCGAACAUCGUAAUUGCCCUAUUAAUGGCCAGCCGUGUGCCAAGACCGACGCUAUCAACUUCGAGUCGUACUUUGUGCGACCGGAUAAGAAAUCUCGGUGUACCUGGAAGCUGGGAACAAAGGAGGUCAAUCCUCACCAGAGUCGAGCAACCGUUUGUCGCGAAAAAACCUUGAACAAUAUUCUGGAAGCGAUCGGUGAAACCCCACUGGUCAAGCUCAAUAAGAUCCCCAAACAGUUCGACGUGAAAUGCAACGUUUACGUCAAAUGCGAAUUUCUCAACCCGGCCGGUUCGGUCAAAGACCGCAUCGGGUUGCAGAUGAUCGAGCAAGCGGAGGAGCAGGGCCUGCUGAAACCGGGCUACACCAUCAUCGAACCGACGUCCGGUAACACAGGGAUCGGUUUGGCGCUAGGUGCCGCCGUCAAGGGUUACCGCUGCGUAAUCGUCAUGCCGGAGAAGAUGUCCAACGAGAAGGUUGACACACUGCAAGCACUCGGCGCCGAAGUUAUUCGUACAUCGAACGAAGCGUCGUUUGAUUCACCGGACGGUUUGAUCGCGGUAGCUCAACGAUUGCAACGGGAACGACCGAAUGCGGUCAUACUGAAUCAGUACACGAACUCGUGCAAUCCGCUGUCGCACUACUACGGAACGGGUGCGGAGAUAGCGAGGCAACUUGACAAUCAGGUUGACAUGGUGGUGAUGGGAGCGGGAACCGGUGGAACGGCGACUGGAUUGGGUAGGAAACUUAAAGAAAUAAAUCCCAACUGUAAGGUAGUCUGUUCGGAUCCCUGGGGAUCCAUACUAGCCUACCCAAACCAGUUGAACGAGACGGACUGUAAAUUCUGGGAAGUGGAAGGAGUAGGUUAUGAUUUUGUACCAACAGUAUUAGAUCGCUUCGUCGUAGAUCAGUGGAUCAAAUAUAACGACAAAGAUGCUUUCACUAUGGCACGAAAGCUGAUCGCCGAGGAAGGUUUGCUCUGUGGAGGAAGUGCUGGAGGAAAUACUCAUGUGGCAUUGAUUGCUGCCAAAUCAUUGAAGGAGAAUCAGAACUGCGUUGUUAUUCUCCCGGAUAAUAUUCGAAACUAUUUAACGAAAUUUGUAUCGGACAACUGGAUGGAGGCAAGGAAUUUCAAAGAAAGCGUCAACGUUCAUAAUCAUAAAUGGUGGGAUCAGCUAGUCACUUCAUUCAUCAGGAUGGACAAUCCAGUCUCAAUCACCUCGAGCACGUCGAUAAAAGAGGCCGUUAGCAUAAUGAAUUCCCAUGGGCUUAACCAACUGCCGGUGAUCAACAAUGACGGAACAGUGCAGGGAGUUGUUUGCUUGUCCAACCUAAUGGGAAAGCUGGUCAAUAAAUCAGUUAAACCAACAGAUCCAUCCUCGAGAGCUAUUUUCAAGCAAUUCGUCAAGGUGAACCCAGAAUGCACGGUGGGAAAAGCUGCUCGAAUCUUGGAGAAGGAUCCGUUCGUUCUAGUGACGGAUGCUGAAAUAAUUCACACUAGGAGCGGAAGGUUCGUCAAAAGAGAGAAGUUUGUCGGAGUUUUGACUCAGCGGGACAUUUUGGAGAUCAUAAUGAAAUAGUGAUUUCAUUGAGCGAGCACGACAAUACGUCAGUUAACACUAUAUACUCACAAGUUUCUAUACGAAACGAAUAUUGUUUAAUUUAAUAUCUUGAAACGAAACAAAAUACUUCGAAGU